AUUUUCCUGCAUUUCCCCCUCUCCUCCGCUAGGAAGCUGUCUGGUUCUUUGUUUCGUUCCCCCCUCCCUCCCUUCCUCCCCGCCCGCUCGAGCUCGCGCCCGCGCCUGCUCCGUUUCUCCGCGCGCCGAUUCAGCGCCAACUUGUGGGACUGAGGAGCGGAACGCGCGCUGCCCCGCAGGCCGGAGACACCCCCCGUAGAUCCCGGGCCCCGCAGACCGCCCCCGGCUGCAGGAACUCGUCUCCUCUCGCUCGGAGUCACACGACAAUGCAAUGGUGUAGGAGCGGGGCCGGCUGUCGUUGCGUGUCCGCACGGUGAGCGCCUUCCUCUGCAGCCUUUCGCCCCCCCCGCAGUUCGGAGCAGCCAUUCAGUUCAGGUGCUGAGCAAUGCUGCUGCUCCAGCCAGGAGUUCCACGGGUCUGAAGGUUCUGCCAUCGAAGGGUGCGGACGUGCAACGGGGCGCUUGCCCAGGGGGUCCAUUACCGUGGCACCACGCUGUUGGAUGCGGCUGAGCAAAGGGCAGAGGAGGAAGAUACACAACUGACCCCGUUUCCCCCCCCUGCCUGCCCCCCCCCCCCUUGAGGACAGGCAUGACUGUGGUAUGAUGAAAGAGUAACUGGGGUGGAAGCUGUGCAAAGGAAGAAUCGGCAGGACGAGUGGCGGGAGGGGGGGGGGGUGUGGGUGGCGUGAGCAACCGAAAGAGAGUGAGAGGGAGGCGGCGGGCGGACUGGCACGCGACGAGGAGCAACCAUUUCCCGGGUGGCACUCCCAGCUAGGCGGAGGAGAGCUGCUUGCCGACUGCAGGUUCUCUGGAGGAUGACCAGCCUAUUCCGGCGCAGCAGCAGCAAUGGGGGCACGCGGGGUGCGUCAGCCCCCGGGGAGCUCAACAACAGCAGGCCGGCCCGCCAGGUGCGGCGCCUGGAAUUCAAUCAGGCCAUGGAGGACUUCAAGACUAUGUUCCCCGGCAUGGACUACGAGGUCAUCGAGUGCGUUCUGCGCUCCAACAACGGUGCCGUGGAUGCCACCAUCGACCAGCUGCUACAGAUGAGCAUCGACGGACAGGGAUCAGAUGACAGCUCUGACUCGGAUGACAGCAUCCCGCCAGAGAUUUUGGAGCGGACGCUGGAGCCAGAUAGUUCUGACGAGGAGCCCCCUCCUGUGUAUUCCCCACCCGCGUACGAUAUGCACAUCUACGACAGGAAGUACCCGGAAGCUCCACCCACUCCGCCACCCAGGUUCGAAGCCCAGCCUCCUCCCGGGCACCGACAGGUGCGUGGAUACAGGAACUGGAAUCCACCCCUGUUAGGGAACCUGCCUGAUGACUUUCUGCGCAUUGUGCCCCAACAGUCAGACAGCACAAAGGGAUCUCAGAGCAGUCUGUCCCAGCCGUCAUCUUCCUCAUCCUCCUCGCUGUCAUCCAUGACCCAACGGGUGGCGCCGGGGGGCGGAGCAAUGCCAGUUGCUGUGGCAACGGAGCACGAGCGGAAGCUGAAACAGUACCUGGAGGACGAGCGCAUCGCUCUUUUCCUCCAGAACGAGGAGUUCAUGAGGGAGCUGCAACGCAACCGUGAAUUCCUCAUGGCCCUGGAGAGAGAUCGGCUGAAGUACGAAUCAAAGAAAUCCAGGUCCGCUCAUUCAUCCGCUAGCACGGAGAAUUCCACAGCAGGGGAGCACUGCACUUCGGGCUCCAGCGAGGCCUGCACAGUGGUCUCUGAUGACGCCUUGUUCCGAGACAAGCUCAAGCACAUGGGCAAAUCAACACGGAAGAAGCUGUUUGAAAUAGCCAGAGCUUUCUCUGAGAAGACCAAGCGGCGGAAGACAAAGAGAAGAACUCUUCUGAAGCACCAAUCGCUGGGCAUUGCCGCCUCCACUGCCAACCUCCUGGAUGACGUGGAGGGAAACCCAUGUGAGGAGGAGAGCCUCCUCAGGAGAUCAGCUGCUCAGGAAGAGGAAGAGUCCCACAAGGAAGCGUUGUCAUGAUCCCGCCAGACCUCGCCACUGCAGGGUUUCCAUGGCGACAGCAGAAUGACCCAUGACUGGUGGCUUGGCAGCUCCUUGACUCCUCCCUCUAUGACCCAGACCAGGCAAUCCAUUGUGUGCCCGUGGCUUGGGAAACACCCCCCUCAGACCACACCCAGGCAGAGAGGAGCUGCGCCACACCGCACCAUCAUGCCGAGCCCGACCGAAGUCCCCCUCAGUCUGAGCUGUUCGGCUUUAUUAAUCCUGUUAGUUCUUGGACACUUGUUUUUGAUUUAACAUUUAGAACAAAUGCAGCAGUCUUUGUCAGCACCUACCUUUUUGUUGUUUUGCCCCCCCCCCCCCAACUACCUAUCACUGAUUUACCACUAUGAGUCUGGUUUUGUUCUGCUGAUAUAUGUGUAGUUCCAUGUACCAACAAACACCCUCCCUCCCUCCACCCUUGCUGGGUGUAACUGGUUCAGGUCAUGUGGGGGCAGCGGCUGUAGCUUUGAUCCGUGUCAGGGUUUUUGGGCUCCACAGACACACUAGCGCCUAGCUAGCUGUUAUGUCCGGAUGCGGCCAUUGGAUCGAAGGCUGGGGACCGGUUAAGGCACCCGCGGAAUCUCUCUCCUGUGAGAGCCCCUCUCUUUGGCAAAAACUCUUCGCCAUUAGGUUGAUAAAAAGAGCAUCUGAACCACCUUUCGAAGGCAACCCUGAUGGGUGUCUUCUGGCUUAGGGCGAAGCCUCGCACCUGGGGCUGUGUGCUCUCCAGCUGGGAGCAGGGCCAGCAGCAAGUCUGCAGACUUGAGACAGCCCAGUGCGCACAGGGAAGAUGUCCCGGAAUCCGUGUAACGUCCCUGCGAGGCCAGAACCUGCCUCCUGUUUAUUACCUUUGAUUUUCCCAAAGCCAAACUGCACAUGACCUUUUGCCCUGUGGUUUUGCCACACCUGAGCCGAUGUCUCACGCAGGCCCGCAGCAAGUCCUCAGAAGGCAUACAUCAGGGAGGGAGAAACUGCUUACAGAACGACGUACAAAGCUCUCCCUCCACUCCACACUGCCAUAUAUCAUUCGACUUCCACGUCACGUUUAUUUUGUAUUCAGUUUUAUGUGUGUGUCAUCUGAAAGGGUUGUUACUAUAGCUAGAAGCCAGUAUUAAUGUUCUUACUAAAGUAAUUGUUAGGAGUACUUGAUCUAGAGGAGCCAGUUUAUAUCUACUGGUAACUGAUGAAUGUGUGUCAUACUUUUAAUGGUGAGACUUUUUUUUUUUUUUUUUGCAAUGCCUCUGUGAGGACAGAUAUUGAUAUUGAGCAAAGUGUACUCCAAAAAUGAUUUUGGUGAAAAGGAGGCACUUGGGAUUCGGCGUGGGACUAGUCUUCUAUGUUCCUGCACCAUGAUUUGACGUGUCCUUGGUCAGUUGAAAUAAUAAAGGAUUUGCGGGUGAUGAGAUUCCCAUUUUGCUUUGGGCUCGACCCAACUUUGCUGUCCAGGAUAGGGUGUUUCCUGAUUUAAUAAUAUUAGCGUCGUUUUAAGGAUAUCCAGCGGCUUUACAAUGUCUCCCAGAGCUGCCGAACAGUGGCAGUCAUGUCACACCCCAUAACCAGAUCAUUGCUCAUCUGCACCUCUCCCUUGUAGAGCUGAGCUCACAGAAGAACCAAGUGAUGAACUGGGGACACGGGUUCCGUGAACGAUGACUCCCAGUGGUGUCUUAGUGUCCAGUGACUGUGGCUGCCGAACAGCAGAGCCAACGGUUGAGUUGAGAGUGUAGUCGAAGACCUUCCCACGCGGACGAGUUCUUACCUCACUCUAGUUCCACAAAUGGCCUUCCUUUCUUUCACAAGUCCAGCUGAACACGCCAGUGUGAGAUGGUCAGUGUUCUUGCAGCGAGAGAAUCCCGAACAGCCCCUGAGCACCUGCAGGGCCCAGAACGCUCAUCCUGUAUAAGGAGGCGUCAGUUGGGAAGUAGACCUGACCUAAUGAGGAGAGUACUCUUGUUGCUUUAUGGUUGGGAGGGUCACAGUGGUGUUGGCCUGAUUCUACAAGUUCUGGCCUUCAAAACAAAUUUCCAUCAGUGUUCAAUGCAGCGGUACUUUUUUGCUAUCCUUUUUUUUUUUUUUGCAGGUUGAUAUCACUGUUCUCUAUACUCGGUGCUAAGGAUCUAUACAUGACACACAUAUCUAUUUAAGCUUUGAUCGCAGUAACACGAGCAUCAUUUCUGUCCUCCAGACAUCAGAUGUGAAAUACUGUAGACGUGAUUUUCUGGUGAGUCGUUUGAGAUUUGGAUGGCAGUCAAACUGAACCAAGGUUUACCCAGGAAUGAAAAAUAUGUAAGUUGUGGUAAUUUAAAUAUUGAGACUGGUUAUUGAGCACAUCUUCAGGUUCGAGGAGACCGCAGCAGUGUGGCCUUUAGUUUGGCUGGAGAGAAGCCUGUAACAUGGUUUGGCAACCUGUUUGAUUCCUCCCAUCAUCCACACCUCCACGUCCUGACACAUCAGAUAUUGUUUGGCGACGUUGGUUGCCGAAAGGUAAACUUUGGAUCGAUGCUUUUGGUGGCAGGAUUCAAACAAACGUUCACACUCAUUGGGUUCCUCUGGGCCCAAAGUCAGGGUCAUGCUUGCAUGCGAGUUUUUGUUAUUCUAAGUUGGGGUGCCGUUUAGCCGUUUUAUCACUAUGUAUUCUAGUAGGUGCAUAAUUCUCUCAGGGAAUGUCCACCAUUCUUUCUGUCCUUUGGUCAAACCGGUCUCAGUGGCAGGGAUAAGCACAACUGAAUAAUGCCUGAGGGGCCAAUUUUCUCAUGGUUUUGGGGGGAGAAAAAUAUCUUUAUAAUUCUCUGGACAGGAAUAAAAUGUUUCCAUGGCAGAUCAGGAACUGUUGGGGUAAAUUAAUUGGAUAUGCGGAGGCUGUAAACUCAACUCAUGCAGGAUGCUGUAGUUGAUUUACUGCUGUCAUAACUGAAGGCCAUGAACAGAAUGCAGGAAAGCAUUUAUGGUCGUGACAGAUUGCUACGGGAUGGUAUGUACCGGCAUAAUCCGUAGUUCUCCAGGUUCUGCUUUCCACACAACUCUGAAGUCUAUAUAUGGUGCAAUUCAAACUGUUUAACCAGUCUCUUUUUAAUGCACAACUUUUAAAAAAAUUUUUUUGGUCCAAUGAACCAGUGCUGCAGCUGCGGUGUCAACAUUGCCGUCUCCAGUGACCAGUAGCUGACCAUGUUUAGCCAUAUUCCAAGAAGGCUCCUGUUUGUAUAUAAGCCUGAUGACGUCCUGAACAUGGCCCAUGUGGCAAUUUCUUUUCACAGGUCUAUCUGCUUAAUGAAUGUACAGAAUUGAGAUGAGGUGUACCUGCAUAUAACACAGUAUACAUGUUUACAGCAUGUAUGCGGGGGUCUGUUGUCAGGGUGGCUCUUAACCCUAUUAUAAGAAUGUAUGCUUUAUUUACUGGUAAGGAAAUUAGGCAGAAACAGUGCUGUUUUAUGUUUAACAAAGAAUAAUAUGCAUUUACUCAACAGCUAACAGGUUACACCCAGAAGCAAGUUAUUAACCGGAGGUGGAAAAAAUUAAAAUAAAACUUCAGCCUUUUUUUUUUUUUUUU